AUGUUAGUCUUUAUUUUGAAAGGUGACGCCGGAUGUCAGCGUUACAUUGACGCAGGUGUUCACGCGCUAUCACUGAAACGAUGACGGAACCAGAAGAAAAUCACGAAACGGUGCAGUUCCUCUGCGCCACCACCAAACACGAAACUUCACUCUUGGAAAGUUUGGAAAAGACGCUGCAAAUUUCACACGACAAUAAGUCAACAGGAAGUCCCGCCUCCGAGGAGACCGAGAGCAGAGAGGAGGCAGAGCAUAAAGAAGCAGCACAACAGGACGUUCUGAGUGUGUGUUCACCUGCAGCUGAGACCAAGUGGGAGGCGGGCUCUCAGUGUAUUGCCGUUUACUCAAAGGACGGUCAGGUUUAUCCGGCGACUGUCGUGUGUUUGGACGGAAAUCGCUGCAGAGUUCGUUUCACUGGUUACGACAACGAGGAGGACGUUGAACUGAGCACGCUCCAGAGUCCUCCAGUAGCUCCGCCCACUCAGACUUCGCAGGAAUGGCGUCCUGGUUCCCGUUGUCGGGCCGUGUUCUCUGAGGACAGCCUGGUUUAUCCAGCAGUGGUUCUGUGGGUCAAAGGUCAGCAGUGUCGCGUUCGUUUUGACGACUACAACAACGAGGAGGAGCUGGACGUCUGCAGCCUCCUGAGUCCAGACGAGCUGCAUGGACCCAACAGAACCAGCAGCAAGGGAAUCAUGUGGAAAAGGAGAGGGAGGAGAGAGGAGAACCUGGGAGAGAGAGGAGGAGGAGGAGGAGAAGAGAGGAGGUCCACACGCACAGACGAUCAGCUGCGCUUCUCCUCAGUGAGUCUCCAGCAGCGACACCUGCUGGUCAACUGCUGCGUCUGUCCAAAGAUAAGGCCGUUUCUCAAUACUCAAAACAAAGACACAACGACCAAUCAGAUUACAGCUGAGAAACCCACCAAUCCCAGCGUCCCUCUCUUCCCUCCGUUCCCUCCUCCUGAUCAACUGACCUCAGCGGACUCUCUGUCCUUCGUUCCUCCUCCUCCUCCUCUCUGGACAUUUGGAGGGAAAGAGUCCACUGACUCCGCCUCCAGCAUGUUGAUGCUCUGGUACACAUGUGGUUUUCACACAGGCAGCUACAUGACUCAGCAGAAGUUCAGGUCGACUUCUAAAGACUGAGUCAAAGUCUAAACGCUGACGUUGUCUCCCGUCAUGUCCUGUUUGACGGAGCAGAGGUUUGUCUUCUGUCUGUCCCCUCUCUAACCUCAGAGGUGAGUCUUCUGUUUGUUUCAUUACGUUAAAUAAAUAUUGUCGGUGUGACGUCAGAUACGCUCACAUUUAAACUGCUGUUUGACCGUCUGUCUCAGUGUUCAGGAGACAGUCUGAGGCGUCCACCACUGUCAUUCUGUGUCCCUCUGCCUGGUCCAAGUCCACCAGCGUG